UCUAGGGGUUUAAAAAGCCCAUACAUAUGGCCACGAAGAAGUGCAACAUAGGACCGUGCAAUACCGUACAUCCUUGUGGGGCCCCUGGAGCAACUGUCGGAGCAGCUUGUGGUAACGAACUGGCAAACCUCACUGUCCCUCACCGGUCAACAGUCGGCCAUCUUCAGUGGCGGUCCUGACUCCUAAUAUAACCUCAUAGUUAGGGAGCCAAUGGUUCAUCAAUUCUCUCUUUCAGAACAGAUGAUGCCGGAUCCAUCGAAUAUAUCAUCCGAGGUGACCGGUUUUGGCUCCAGUGAUCCCUUGGCAGCCCUGCCAUGGACAACUCGCGCCGCGGCCUCCAUCAUCUUUAAGAUCCAGAACUCGGCAUGCCACGCUGACGUUACCAUCAACCGCCGCCUCCUCAAACUCCUCGACCUCAAAGCCCCUCCCACACCAAACCCUGUUGAUGGCAUCAGCUCCUCCGACUUCACUGUCAACACCAACCGCAACCUCUGGUUCCGCGCAUUCUCGCCCACCAGCAGCGGCCCCCUCCCCGUCAUCAUCUACCUCCAUGGCGGUGGCUUCUCCACCAUGAGCGCAGCAUCCUGGCCCUAUGAUACGUUCUGCCGGAGACUCAUCGGUGAGGUGCCUGCCCUCAUAGUCAUUGCCUCCGUUGAGUACCGCCACUUGUGGGAGCACCGGUUCCCUUGCCAGUAUGAUGACGGGUUUGAUGCCCUUAGGUCCAUAGCUGAAAACUCCGCAACUGUGCUGUCCAGGAAUGCAGACGUGUCCAGGUGCUUCCUCGCCAGAGACAGUGCCGGUGGAAACCUCGCACACCAUGUGGCAGUCAGGGCAGCGCAGUCGAGGAUUGAGCAGGUCAAGAUCAGAGGGCUUAUCCCGAUCCAGCCUUUCUUCGGUGGUCAGAGCGGACAGUCUGAGAUCCGCAAUGAGAACGCCCCAAUCCUCAACGUAUCCCAGAUGGAUUGGCUGUGGUGGGCCUUCCUGCCGGAGGGGGCUGACCGAGACCAUGCUGCAGCCAACGUGAGUGGUCCCAGUGCUGUUGACACCUCUGUCCUGGCAGAGUUACCAGCCACGAUUGUGUUUGCUGGUGGGAUCGACCCUUUGCGCGAUUGGCUGGUCAAGUACUAUGAGUGGCUUAAGAGAUCGGGGAAGGAGGCAGAGCUGGUUCGGUACCCGGACAUGGUCCACGGCUUCUAUGCGUUCCCGGAACUGCCUUAGGCUACUCAGAUGAUUUCAAAAGGUCAAGGAUUUUGUUACUCGAAGAUCAUCGAAUCGAAUGUUACCAUAAUCAAGGCAGUUUUUUUAACUUACACGGCCCAUCAAUCAUGAGUAAUUUUCAUUCACCGAACGAGUGGUUGAGACAAUAUAGAAUCCAUUAUCAAUCCGACCACAUUACCAUUGUUAUCGUACAUCUAGUUUAAUUCCUCUGCUACUGAC